AUGGCCGAGCAAAAUGGCGAAUUCCUGCCGGGAACCAUCCAGAUGUUUGUUCAGGGAGAGAGCGGCGAUUUGCGAGACCAGGAACUCACCUUGACGCCUCCGCCAACGAACAGUCCUAACGAUCCUUUGAACUGGAGUAGAGUGCGCAAGUAUUGGCACGCUUCUCUCAUUCUCUUCAUCACAGCUCUGACAGCUGCGACAUCUAACGAUGCCGGGGCUGCAGGCGAUGGCAUGCUGGACGAGCUCGGCAUAUCCUACGGAGUGGCAAACACCGCUGCAGGCGUUCUGUUCCUCGCCAUUGGCUACUGGACGUUGCUUGCGAGCCCUAUGGCGUGGCUCUAUGGCCGUCGCAUCCAGUACCUCAUCUGCCUCCUGUUUUCCGUGAUCGGAUCGAUUUGGUUUGCCCGGAUACAGAAUAGCCAGGAUUCGAUAUGGAACCAACUGUUCAUUGGGGCAUCAGAAAGCUGCGCAGAGGCCGUAGCACAACUGUCUCUGUCCGACCUCUUCUUCCAACACCAGCGAGGAACCGUACUCGGUCUCUACAUCUUGGCUACAUCUAUCGGCACUUUCCUAGGCCCCUUGAUUGCGGGUUAUAUAGCGAUCGAUAGCUGGAGAUGGAUCGGUUGGACCAGUGUUAUAAUAUCUGGCACCACCUUAGUCGUCUUCUACUUUGGCCUCGAAGAGACCGCUUUCCAUCGUGAAGCCAUCUUGGGUCACCAUGUCGGCAACUUGCCUUCGCACCCAAUCUCAGACGAGGAAAAGAAGACCACGGAGACGAAGACUCCUAUAGCAACAGACGAUCCUACUGUAUUUGGGGAUACCAGAGGAUCCACCGAAUCGCGAAAUUUCCCUCGCGACCAACCCAAGACCUAUUGGCAACGCAUUGCUCUCAUAACUCCAGCCCCGAACAUGAUCGGCACAGGCCUCAAGCAGUACUUCUAUCGCCUUUUCCACACCCUUCGCGUUUUUCUCUUCCCCGCGGUGCUAUACUCUGGGCUUCAAUGGGGUUCGCAAGAUGCCUGGCUCACCUUUUAUCUCACAGUAGAGGAAGAUAACUAUUAUGAUCCACCCUGGAACUACUCCAACCAAGCCGUCGCGAUCAUGAAUGUCCCGACGCUGAUAGGAGCAAUCAUUGGCUGUAUAUACGGUGGUUAUUUCUCCGACGUCUUCGUGGGCUGGAUGGCGAAGAGGAGAGGCGGCAUCUCCGAAGCGGAAGAUCGACUGUGGUUGAUGUUCGCUUCUGCGUUCAUCAAUCCAGCUGGCCUAAUGCUCUUUGGAAUCGGAUCCGACAAGGGAUGGAAUUGGCCUGCUCCGUAUGUUGGACUCGCUAUGACUGGUUUUGGCUUUGGCUGUGCGGGCGACCUGUCCAUGGCGUAUCUGAUGGAUGCGUACCCGGACAUGGUCCUCGAAGGUAUGGUGGGAGUUGCUGUCAUCAAUAACAGUCUGGCUUGCAUUUUAACUUUUACCUGCAGUAAGUCUGACCUCUUGUUCCCAAUGCUCGAGGUGUCCUGUUGCUAACGGAGAACUACAAAGGCUAUUGGCUCGACGCGAGUGGUCUUGGGAACACUUUUAUCGCGAUUGGCGUUCUUUCGCUCUUCUUUCAACUGACGACAGUACCCAUGAUAAUUUGGGGCAAGACCUGCAGAAGAUGGACUUUGCGCCAAUAUCAGCGCUUCUUGUACCUCCGUGAUGGCGAGAAAUAG